AUGGAACAUUCGUUGGAAAAUCAUCUUCUUGUUUCACAUGAAACAUGUGGCUAUCAAAAUCGAAGUGAUGCAAGUGAUGCAAAUAGUGUAGAUAGUGCAUUCAGUCUGGACAGUGUGACUAGUCCGAAUGGUUGUUUAAAUACAACAAUGAGCAGUGGAGAUACUUUAUCACAUACUGUUUUAUUUGAUGAAUUGAAACGUGUUAAAGAGGAUUUGAAACAAAAAGACGAUGAAGUUCGUCGUGCUAGUGAAUUAAGAGAAAAUGUUGAUAAAGAAAUUCAAGAUCUAACAGCAUCCCUCUUUGAGUCUGCACAUUUAAUGGUAGAAGACGCAAAACGAGCUCAAAGUAACACUGAACAAAAAUUAAAAGUGGCUAAUCAAACUAUCGAAGCAUUACUAGUUGAAAAUUCUCAAUUGAAAAAAACUGUUACGGAGUUAAAAGACAUCGUAAAUAGUUGUCGUUCGUCAAUAUCAUCUACUUCUCGUUCAUCAAACUCUCUUUCAACUACACCAUCUAAUUCAAUAUUAGCGACUUCACAUUCAAUUUCAUCUUCAAAUUUUGAUCAAUCAUCAAUAAUUUCAACAUCUUCAUCUUCUCCAUCAGUCCCAUUAUCCAAAAAACUCAAAGACAAAUGUAAACAACAUAUUCGAUCAUCUUCUGAUUUACAGUCAUGGUCUACAACGAAUUUUUCAAAUAUUAAUAAUGAUUAUGAACAAAAUUCCGAUAUGAAUGAUGUAAGUAAUGAUGAUAAAUGUUUAAAUAAAUGGUUUGAAUUUUGUUUUCGUUGUCAGGAUAAUUGGCCAUUGGUUAAUAACGUUAUUCUACGAGAAUUUGCCAGAUGGGAAGAAAAUCCAACUAUUGAACGUUAUUCUUCUGCGUUUAUGCAUCGUGUAUAUAACGAAGACAUUGGUCCAUGUUUAUCCUUUCCAAACGCUGAGCUUUCCACACGUAUAAUCAACGCUAUUGAACGUAAUGAGGUGAUAAUUGAAGCUUUUCAUCCUAGAACGCCAGAAGAAGCGAUGAAAGUUUGCUCCCUAACUGGUGACUUGUGUCAAUGUGAUUAUCGUAUAAGAUUAGGUGAAAAAGGUGAUUGGUAUCCAUUAUCACAUCUUUCAAGAAAUAGAAUUGCAAGUGUUUGCGAUUUUUUCACUUAUAUUCGUCAUGUUCAAAAUGGUUUGGUCAAAACAGACACUCGUAGUCGUUACAAUAAAAUUAUUGAAUUAAGAAAACAAAUGGCCUAUGCUCGUCUUGGUUUAUGA